AAGUGACAUUUGCGAUAUUUACCUACGCAUUUUAUUUAUCUCAAGAAAAAUACAUUAUUCGUAAAAACAAAGCGAUAAAUCUACUAAAGCACAUUAUAAUUGUGAGUGAUAUUGCACUUUUAUUGCCAUCGAUAAACCUAGUGAUGGGGCAGACCCUUUCGGAGCCGGUGACUGAGAAGCAGUCGUCGACUUGCCAGGACAGCCGCUACUUGGUGGGCUCGUCGUGCAUGCAAGGCUGGCGGGUGUCCAUGGACGACUCCCACACACACAUACUGUCCCUCCCCGAUGAUCCGGGGACAGCGUUUUUUGCUGUAUAUGAUGGUCAUGGAGGAGCUAACAUAGCAGAAUAUGCUGGAAAACAUCUUCACAAGUUCAUAACUGCUCGUCCGGAGUACCACCUUGGGAAUAUUGAAGAGGCGCUAAAGCAGGGUUUCCUAGACCUCGACCAAGCUAUGUUAGAGGAAGACAUGCUGCAAGAAAAAGUAGCUGGCAGCACAGCAGUGGUGGUGCUUGUGAAAGAGAACACUCUGUACUGCGCCAACGUCGGCGACUCCAGAGCCAUCGCCAGCGUACGCGGCGCCGUGGAGGUGCUCUCGUACGACCACAAGCCGAACAACGAGGAGGAGCUUCGCCGGAUCACGGCCGGCGGCGGCUGGGUGCAGCUCAACCGCGUCAACGGGAACCUGGCGCUGUCCCGGGCUCUUGGAGACUACGUGUUCAAGAGGAAUUACCGGCUGUCGCCCAGGGAACAGAUCGUCACAGCGUAUCCAGAUGUGCAAGUGAGGCAGCUGAACGACGACUGGGAGUUUAUUGUGAUAGCCUGUGACGGCAUCUGGGAGGUUCUGUCUAAUGAGGAGGUGAUAUCGUUCUGCCGCGUGCGUCUACUCAGCGGCUGGGAACCAGCGGCUGUGUGCGAGGCGCUCAUGCAACGCUGUCUGGCUCCCAACUGCGCCACCGGAGGCCUGGGCUGCGACAACAUGACCGUGCUGCUGGUCUGCCUCGCGCCCUUCCCGCGCGCCCCGCCGGACACCCCGUUGCCAGUUGAAGACAAGUUAGACAGCAAGUUUAUGACCAAGAUGGAGGACUUACUAUACGUGGAGGAUGAGGAAGAGGACCUGAAGUGAACAACUGCUUCCAUUCUGUCUGUAGUGUAAAUGUGUGUAAAUAAAGUAGGCGUUAGUGGCUCCUAUGUUUUUGGCGGGCGACCAAAAUUGCGGUCACAGAUAACGAAAAUUUUACUUCAAAUUUUUGAAUUCAAGCCGAUA